UUAAAAAAUGAGAAGGUAGGCAGAAAAAAGCACAAGGACCCUAAAAUGGCAGCGGCCAGUGUGACUGAACUGUAUAAGAGGAGAAGCUGCACGGUACUCCUGCUGCUGCUCCAACUGACGUUUUAUCAUGCCCAUGCCGCUGCCAAAGGAGUGACCGCCAGCCUCAAUGCCAAGUGGCCAAUGACGCCCUUUCUGCUUGAGACCAGUGAAUUUAUUUCUGUGGAGAGUGAUGAGAAAUUCUGGCAGUUUGUUGAUACCGUGAAGGAAUUGACCGUGUACAAGAACGGUGAGUCCGUUCGCUCUUACUACAAUCUAAUCAUCAAGAAAGCUGGUCAGUUUUUGACAGACCUUCAGGUCAGCUUUCUAAAGUUUGCCCUGUCUCUGAGAGCCUUUUCACCUGCCGUCCAUGCCUUUCAGCAGAUUGCCAGUAACGAGCCACCACCAGAAGGAUGCUCAGCUUUUGUCUCCAUCCACGGCAAUGUUGCCUGCAGCAGUAAGGAGGUGAAGAAGCUCCUGAAGACAGCAGCAGGCAGACCUAGACCUUACCUGUACAGGAAUGAUCACAGAUACCCUGGUGUUAACACCACCGAUGUCCCCAUCGCCAUCCUUUAUGCUGAAAUUGGCACCAAGAAGUUUAAUACUCUCCACAAGCUGCUGUCAGAAAAGGCGGAUGAGGGCAAAGUCACCUACGUCCUGCGGCAUUUCCUUCUGGACACUAAGCUUCAGAAACCCCGUCUGUCUGGCUAUGGCGUGGAGCUGGCCAUUAAAAGCACGGAGUACAAGGCGGUGGACGACUCACUGGUGAAAGAUGUGAAGGGGACCGUGAGCAGCGAGGAUGAUGGCGACGAUGAAGUUCAGGGCUUCCUCUUUGGAACACUGAAGAAGUCCCAUCCUGAGCUGCGCAGCCGGUUGGAGGACCUUCAGAAGCACCUGCUGGAGAGCUCCAAUGACAUGGCACCACUGAAAGUGUGGGAGCUGCAGGACCUGAGUUUCCAGGCUGCAUCACGGAUCAUGUCAGUCCCAAAGUUUGACUCCCUGAAGCUAAUGAAAGACCUCAGCCAGAACUUCCCCACCAAAGCCAGGUCGCUGACGCGGGUGCCGGUAAACCUGGAAAUGAGGCGGGAGAUUGAGGACAAUCAGAAGGUUCUCAGUGAAACAUUGGCCGUCAGCCCAGGAGAGGCUGCCCUGUUCAUCAAUGGCCUUCACAUCGAUCUGGAUGUCCACAACCACUUCAGCAUCCUGGACACCAUCUGGGCAGAAGGCAAAGUCCUGGAGGGGCUCCACAACCUGGGAAUUGAACAGGGAGAACAGGUCAAGUUUCUUCGCUUGCCCGUGCACCCCCUGGAUGACAGCUACGCUAUUGACAUUCGUCAUUCCGCCAUAAUGUGGGUCAAUGACAUCGAGAUGGACCUCAUGUAUCACAGCUGGCCCUCCAGCUGCCAGGAGCUGCUCCGGACCACCUUCCCUGGAGUCAUCAGGCAGAUACGACGCAACUUCUUCAACCUGGUGCUAUUUCUGGACCCAUCUCAGGAGGGCAGUGCAGAGCUGGUAAAGCUGGCCCAGCUGUUCUACACACAUAAGAUCCCUCUCAGGAUAGGGUUUGUGUUCGUGGUCAACUCUGACGACCGGGUGGACGGCCUCUCCGAUGCAGGCGUGGGCUUCGUCAGACUGCUGAACUAUGUGGCGGGGGAGUAUGAUCACGCCCAGGCCUUCUCUGUCAUGGUGUCUAUGUAUAAGAAAGUGGCCGAGGGUGAAGCUCUGUCCGCUGCUGAUGUGGCCUCCUACCUGAAGAAGAAGUUCCCCAAAGCUAGUGCAGCCAAGGUCCUAGGCAUAGACACUAUGUAUGACGACAGAAGGAAGGCUGGUGGAGUGUUCUACAGGAAGACGGGACUGAGCACCCUGCCCAUGGCUCUAUUCAACGGCGUGCCCCUCAACAGAGAGGAGAUGGACCCCGAAGAGCUGGAGACGGUGCUUCUGCAGCGCAUCAUGGACAGCACCAGCUUUUUUCAGAGGGCUGUCCUCGUGGGCCAGCUGAGCGACGACAUGGACGUGGUGGAGCUCCUCAUGGGCCAGACCAACGUGGUACCCCGCAUCAACCCUGUUGUCCUAAGUCCACAGCGGCAGUACCUGGACUUCACUUCCUCUCCAGUUGUUGAAGACUGGGAAGAUACAAACACGUUCUCAUAUCUGGACUCCAGGGAUAAGACUUCUGUGGUCUCCAGAAGACUGAAGUACUUAACCAAAGCCGACGAUGAUACAAUCCAUGGUGUGACUGUCUGGGUCGUUGCAGACUUCGAUACUCUGCAGGGUCGCCAGCUGCUACAGAAUGCCAUCAAACAUAUGAAGUCCAGCACCAACAUGCGAGUUGGAGUCCUCAGUAACCCCAGUUCCAAAGUGACCGAGGACAACACACCCAUCUCCCGGGCCAUCUGGGCAUCUCUGCACACGCAGAGGAGCAGGGAAACCCUGAGCUUUGUGCAGAAGAUCAUCAAGCAUGAGAAUGCCCAUUUGUUGGAGCAGGGAACCAAGAUGAAAUAUUUACUGAUGCAGGGGAUGGACGCCGACGCCUUUGAGAAGAAGUACAACACACUGGGGGUGGAGUUCCUGCAAAGCCAGCGGCUCUUCUGUCGGGACGUGCUGAAGCUGGCGGCAGGACAGCGGGCCGUGAUAGCCAAUGGCAGGAUCAUCGGGCUGUCAGAGGAGAUAGAGUUUGACACUGACGACUUCCACCUGCUGGAAAAGAUCACUCUGAGCAUGUCGGCCGAGAAGAUCAAAGCCAGAAUCAAGCAGAUGGGGCUGAAAGCCAAAGUGGCCAGUGACUUGAUCAUGAAGGUGGACUCCCUGCUCAUAUCAGCUCCCAAGACAGAGUCCAGAAGAGAGGUCGGAUUCUCCAAGGACAAGCUCAGUGUGCUCCAGCUGUCCCCCCGUGAGGGCCAAGUGUUUUAUGAUGUGGUGGCGAUCGUGGACCCUCUCACCAGGGAAGCCCAGAAGAUGUCUUCUCUCUUGAUUGUGCUGGACAAGGUGAUCAACAUGAAGCUCCAGGUCUUCAUGAACUGCAGAGCCAAGCUCUCAGAGAUGCCCUUGAAGAGCUUCUACCGCUAUGUCCUGGAGCCGGACGUGUCCUUCGAGGCCAAUGACACGGUGUCCCCAGGGCCAAUGGCACGCUUCACUGAGAUGCCGGAGUCCCCGCUCCUCACACUGAACAUGAUCACCCCCGACAACUGGAUGGUGGAGCCUAUCCGCAGCCCCUAUGACCUGGACAACAUUCAUCUUCAGGAGGCCAGUGGCAUGGUGUCUGCCGAGUACGAGUUGGAGUACCUGCUCCUAGAGGGGCACUGCUUCGACCAGUCAACCGGGCAGCCCCCCCGGGGCCUGCAGUUCACCCUGGGCAUGAGCCGUGACCCACUAAUGCAGGACACCAUCGUCAUGGCCAACCUGGGCUACUUCCAGCUAAAGGCUAAUCCGGGAGCCUGGAUCUUAAAACUGCGCAAGGGGAGGUCUGAGGAGAUCUACCAGAUCCUUUCCCAUGGUGGCACAGAUUCUCCUGUGGAGGAAGGUGAUGUGAUCGUGGUUCUUAACAGCUUCCACAGCAAGAUCAUCAAAGUCAGGGUUCAGAAAAAGCCAGACAAAAUAAACGAAGAGCUCCUCAACGACGGCUCGGAUACCAGAGGCCUCUGGGAGUCCGUAACUAGCGUGUGGAAUGCUUUAGAGAGAAGCAUCACCGGUGCCUCCUCAGAGGAAGAGGCCAAGAAGACGACCGAGGAUGUUCUCAACAUCUUCUCAGUGGCCUCUGGACUUCUGUACGAGCGCUUCCUGAGAAUAAUGAUGUGCUCUGUUCUCCAACACACCAAAACCCCUGUCAAAUUCUGGUUCCUCAAGAAUUACCUUUCACCUUCCUUCAAGGAGUCCAUCCCCCAUAUGGCAGAGGCCUACGGCUUCCAGUAUGAGCUGGUCCAGUACAAGUGGCCACGGUGGUUGCAGCAGCAGAUUGAGAAGCAGCGAAUCAUCUGGGGCUACAAGAUCCUUUUCCUGGACGUGCUCUUCCCCCUUGCUGUGGACAAGAUCAUCUUUGUAGACGCGGACCAGAUUGUCAGGGCUGACCUGAAGGAGCUUCGUGAUCUGGACCUGCAGGGCGCCCCCUAUGGUUACACGCCAUUCUGCGACAGCCGCAAAGAGAUGGAGGGCUAUCGUUUUUGGAGGUCUGGCUACUGGGCCUCCCACCUGGGGAAUAGGAAGUACCACAUCAGUGCCCUGUACGUUGUGGACCUCAAGAAGUUCCGAAAGAUAGCAGCUGGAGACCGACUGCGAGGCCAGUACCAAGCCCUCAGCCAGGACCCCAACAGCCUGUCCAACCUUGACCAGGACCUCCCCAACAACAUGAUCCACCAGGUGGCGAUAAAGUCCCUGCCCCAGGAGUGGCUCUGGUGCGAGACAUGGUGCGACGACUCCUCCAAGGCGGCUGCCAAGACGAUCGACUUGUGCAACAACCCCAAGACCAAAGAGCCCAAGCUUGCUGCUGCAAUGAGGAUCGUUCCGGAAUGGGAGGAGUACGACCGUGAGAUCAAGGAGCUGCUGAAGAGAGUCCAGAAGCAGACCGGAAUCAGACCAUUAGCUGACCGGGAAGCAAUUCCCCGGGAUGAGCUUUAGCAUUGGAUGUAGCUAUUCUAUGGAGUUAUGGAAGUCAGGGAAGAAUAUUGCUGCUUUAGGUGAACUCUGCCAGAGAGGACCAUCCCCACAUUGUGAAAUUGGGGUAAAUAGAUUAUGCCAGCUGUUGCAUCUCCAAAAAAAAACAAGUAAACAAGGACCACAGCCUUCAAGUUUGCGACGGAGAGGAAAGGAGCUCUUUUCAUACCAGUAUUGGCCUUGAUACCCGUCAUGACUUUUUUUAAGAUGUUAAUAUUUUCUUUUCACAAAAGAAACAUUUGCACUGCUGUUUAGAGUUUGCCUCUGUACCAGCGAGAUACAUUCCUAAAUUAUCCCACCAAUUUAAUAAGGCUGUGUUUUAUUUGCUCCAUGUUUCAUUGUUUAAUUAUGAUCCCUGAACGUUUGGUCCGACUUAAAUUGUCAUCGAUAUUUUCACCUUGGCAGGAUAUAUUGGCACACUUGACAUUUGGCUGAAAAAAAGCCCUAAUUUCCAGCUCAGAGGGAUGCAGGAGUGUUGAUGGUCUGUUGCUGUAGACUGGACACAGUAUGGAGGUCAGCAGCCUCCCCCCUAUUAUGGUGGUUUAUUGACUGUGUCAGAAACCAACAACACACCUCUUACUGUGACCAAAAGGCAGCUUUCUCCACAUCUGGAACACACUACCCUCCUGCCUGCGGCGUACCUUCAGCUAUGAAAUAACUUGCUCUGUUAAUGAGUUUGUUGCCCUUUAUACCUCAGCCAGGUAUUUGGUAUCAGCCAGUUAAAGCCAUUUUGUCAGGUGGGUCUGUGAAAUACCACAGUUAAUUUGGUGCUGCACUCUAUAUCACUGCGCUUGGCUAUGCUGGUACUAUCCUUUAAGUUAUGGUAAGUAUAAAUUAUUGCCUCACAGUUUUAAAGGUCUCUUGUCCUCAGGAAUAAAAAUAUCUGGAUGAAUCUUAAUUAAACAAGUUAAUCCAAUAUUUUUUAUUUUUAUUUGCAUAGUGCAUUUUCACAACAUUACUUUGUGUCAAAGGCACUUCACAUUAUCCCUGCCCUUACAGGUCAGCACUCCAAUUUCACAAGGGGGUGUGAAGCUAGAGUGACAGCACUGACAGUUCAGUUCAUCCAAAGCUAAUGGCACCAAUCUCCAUGCAGCUCUACACCUCAUACUAUAGGCCUAACUGGGAGUGAUCAGUUACUGGCAGUGGGCAUUACAGUAACCCAUUCUGGAAGUUAAGGCAGAUAUUAGUUUUAACGCAUCAUGAAAGGAGAGCAUCUUCUGAAGCUUGGCUAUGUUCUGUAGAUGGUAGAACACAGCUCUAGUAAUACUUAUGUGAACAUUGAAAGAUUGAUCUGAAUCUACCUGGACUCCAAGCUCUCUAACCACUAAUUUAAGCUGAGUAGAAAGACCACCAAGGUUGAUGUUGUCAAACUUAUUUUGAGCAGCCUUGGGUCCAACCAGCAAUACUUCUGUUUUUUCUGUGUUUAACAUAAGGAUUUUUUUGCCACCCAGCACCGGAUAUCUAGUAGACAGUCUUCUAACCCAGAGAGCUGUCAUGCAUCAUCUGGUUUAACAGAUAUAUUUAUCUGUGUAUCAUUAGCAAAACAAUGAAACCCAACACCAUGAUUUCUAAUAAUGUUACCUAGUGGUAGCAUAUAUGUAGUGAACAGUAGCGGGUCUAGCACUGAUCCCUGUGGGACACCAUAUUUGACUUUAGUGGACGUAGAAGAUUCAUCGUUCAAGCAGACAAACUGAUAAUGUUCAGUUAAAUAUUAGCGAAGCUAAGACAGCUUCUUCCAGGAUCUUUGACUUGAAAGGAAGAUUUGAGAUAUCAAUGGGUUCAAGAUUUAGUUUCUUUUGAACAGGUCUAAUAACAUGAUUCAAAUGUGUCAUUAUCAGUAUGAACUGGGCUAGCAGAAGGCUGGUAGCUGUAUUUAGCUACAGAUGUGCAUUGGAUGGUCUGUCUAAUCUGUUAUUUUACCAUUAAAAUGAUAAAUUCAUCACUCUUAA